AUGACCAUGGUGCGACCGUAUCCUCCCCAGCCGCAGCCGCCGCACGUGUACAGCAACCUCCCGCCCACCCCGACUCACCCACCACUCCUCCGCAGUGCCUCCGGCUUCGAAGGCCGCAACCUCGCCCAACACCCUCUGCCCCAGCGAUAUGCCCACCCGCUCUCGCGCCACAACUCGUACGGCUCACAAAGCUCAGAUGCUGCAGGCGCUCUGAAACCGCCCGAACAUAUGCUGCGCCGCAAGACCCCCAACGGAAUCUUGGCGGCGGCCUACGAUGGCACUUCCGUGGAGCAGAUGGAGAAGCCGCAUGCGACUAAGCACAUACUUUUGCCAGUGACUGCCGAGGCCAGCAUACCAUACGGCCUGAAGCAAGAUCUUCCGCUACGCUCGCCAGCCAACACCAGGCAAGAUGGAUCUUCUGAUUGGAGCCCCAGUCUCUACUUCGAGACGGGCUCAGGCAGAGCGGGACAGAAUCUUCCGCAGAUCGACUCCAUGCUGAACCAAAUGCCGCCUCUGCAGCCACUCCUUCCUUACCAAAUGUAUGCACCAUACGGCGGUGCCAUGGCAGUGCCUGGCCAGAGCCCGCUGGGACCUACAGCUUCGAAUGACCAAGGGCCGUUUGGACCAUACUGGCCGGAUGGAACUUACACACCUUAUCAACCUGCAGCAAUGCGGGAUCCCCGCUUCUUACAUCACCAGCGUCCUCAGUGGGCACAUCCGCAGCACAGCGUAUACCAUGCGCAUACUUACAACACCUCUGUCCCACACAUCUCAAACUAUCAACAGAACCCCUUCCAGUUCAACCAGGGUCCUCAACUAUAUAACAACUUCGCACGACAAUCGUCUGACUUUUCACCGUAUCCACAAUCACAGCAGCAUUACACACUAGAUUACCAGCAUUCAUCCGUACCAUUUGCACCAUCUCAACAGCCUCAAGAUGUGUCCUCGUCGGGACAAUCAACACCCAUCGUUGAUCACGCUUCCGCCACAACGCCGACCGCUGAAUAUGGCCCACAGUCGUUCAACGGCCAGUCCAGGGAGAAGGUGUUUGCCUGGGCGCACACAGUCUAUGUGGACCUUUUAAGAUAUUUGACUCAUACACGUAAACAUUCGCACAAUACAAAUGGACGCCAACCAUCGAGACCACACAUCUACCCAAAGCCACCACGACAACCAGGUGCGAACUUGUCCGAGUCCGCCGGCAGCAUGAGUUCUCCCACCAUCGAGCGUCGCUCAUCCCAUACUGGAUCCCCAGCGAUGCGAAGACCACACAUUUCUCACUCCCGUUCAGCCUCGGCUUGGUCUGUUGGAGGACUUGAUGCUUCUGCCCAGCGACAUUCUUGGCAGCAUUUCUCACCGCAGCAGUCAGUGUUGCCCCAACUGCCUGGCAUGGAACCCGUCCGCACUUUGCGCCGAAUGUCUGGCUCCAUUGCCAGCGCCAAUCAAAACCAGAGUCAGAGUCAAAGCCUUCGCCAUGAAAUUCCUCCGAGCAUGACGGCCGCUUCUGCCUUGGAAGCUAUUACUAAACACUGCGAGGAGAGCAAGUGGAACUGGAUCGACGGCAUCCUCUUAGGAGGAUGCUUUGCAUACGCUCUUGGUGACUACCAAAAGGCUCAAGAUUGGUAUAAACACAUUCUAACCCUGGACAAAAACCAUGUGGAGGCAAUUUCCAACCUUGCAGCCACCUUAUUGGCGCUGCAGCGCAAGCGCGAGGCGGAAAGCUACUGGAGACAGGCGGUUCAGCUUCGCCCAAGCUACUUCGAGGCUGUUGAGCAUCUCAUAGGCUUGCUGUGCAGUGAUCAGCGGGCCAAGGAGGCUGUCCUGGUCAUUGAUGAAGUGGAACGCUCGUUGAGAUUUGUCAAGAAAGCUGAUGCCUUGAGGAGUCUCGACAUACAAAGCGAGCGGUCAACAUCGACUGUCAGUGAGUCACCGAGCUUAUCUGAUGCCUCCGACCGGCCAGUAUUCGAAUUCGAAGGUGAAGAUGAAUCAGUCUUCAAAGACCUUGACGAGCUCCCUGGUUCGGACCAACCAGGAUUUGGUUCCAGUGGAUACGCUAUUCCAGGGAGUGACAAUGGACGUAUCCUGGCCUUGGUUCAUGCCAAGGGAAAUAUGCUUUACGCCCUAGGAGACAAUGCUGGGGCGGCAAGAGCUUUUGAGAUAGCCGUCCUAAUCGGCGCCGGGAACCAGAUUCAUGGCAUCGAUGGCCUUAUCAAACGUAUCCUUUCCGUCGUUGGUUACAAUCAGGAACAACGCUCUCCUGGUGGCCAUCGUGUCUCGCCAUCCUCGGAUCCCAUUCUACUCCCUCCAGACUCGGCGACCAGAACUGCACAACUUUGCUUUCCGUCCCACGGCCAGUUGCCCGGUCUCAAGUAUGUGCCCGAUGGCUUGGCUCGAAAAGCUGCGAUAUCCACUACGAGCAACUCCCUGCUGUCUCUUGCAAAGAUAUUCCAAGAUGGCAUGGCUACAAGCUUGCCAAAAGCUGGCAUUCAUCAAAACAGCUACGGACAAUCAGCACCAUCCAAGCCAAUGGCCGUUUCUCAUUCUCCAUUCCACCCACCAAUCCCCGGCCUUGUCCCAGGAAGUGGUGUCGCUCUUGCGCUCGCAUACUACUACUAUGGACUACAGUUAGACAAGCGACAUGCUCAUCUGUACACGAAUCUUGGUAGCCUUCUCAAGGAUAUUGGGCAACUGGAUGUUGCGAUUCAGAUGUACGAACAGGCUGUCACAUGUGACCAAAACUUUGAUAUUGCGCUGGCCAACCUUGCGAACGCAGUCAAGGACAAAGGACGCAUAAGUGACGCGAUCCUUUACUACAAACGCGCUGUCAAGGCGAGUCCCGAUUUCGCCGAAGCAGUCUGCGGCCUUGCGAAUGCUCUGAACUCAGUUUGUGGUUGGAAUGGUAGAGGUGGCAUUGCUGACGAUCUUGGUGCGCGGGAUCGCUGGCAUGUCGAUGAAGCUGGGAUGCUGCUUGAUGCCAGGAUUCCAGGCGCUUCGAGCUCUGGUUGGAUUCACAAAGUGGUCAGAUUGGUAGAGAAACAACUUGCAGAUGGCGAGAGUUGGGGCCGGGGAUCGAUCGAUGACAGCUUCAUGCAGGACAUCGUACGACCACUUGCACUUACCGACGGCAGUGCCCAAGAUAUCAAUGAGAGACAGAAGAGUAUGAUGGAUGUGCUCACCAAGUGGAGAGGGCAGAAAUGGGAGGGCGCCCGCGUCAUUCGUCUGGUCGAACGCGCCAUCAGACACAUGACUUGGCAGUGGUACCAGGAUCGAUACAUCACCCGGAAGCAGCGUUCUACAGAGAGUUACAAGAGACCUCAGCUGCCUGCUGCACUUACCGUACCCGCUGCCCCGACAGUGCUCCCAUUCCACACCUUCACCUGCCCCAUGUCAGCCAAGCAGAUUCGGCUGAUAUCCCAGAGGAACGGACUACGCAUCUCAUGUUCAACCCUGAGAGUGCCGUGGCUUCCUGCGACAGUCUACCAACCGCCUCCGCCGCCCAAUCCAUAUCUCAAGGUUGGGUACGUGUCUUCUGACUUUAACAACCAUCCUCUGGCGCAUCUAAUGCAGUCUGUCUUUGGUCUUCAUGAUAGCAAACGUGUCAAGGCCUACUGUUAUGCGACAACGGGAAGCGAUCAUUCCGAACAUCGAAAGCAGAUCGAAAGAGAAGCACCCGUAUUUCAUGAUGCAAGCAGUUGGUCAGCGGAGCGUCUCGUUGGUCAAAUCAUCAACGAUGGCAUCCACGUCCUCAUCAAUCUCAACGGCUACACCAGAGGUGCAAGGAACGAAGUCUUUGCUGCGCGAGCGGCGCCUAUACAGAUGGCGUUCAUGGGCUUCGCCGGAACGCUGGGGGCCGAAUGGUGUGACUACUUGCUCGCAGAUGAUACCGCCGUACCGCCUGACACACUGCGUCAAUGGCGUCGAAACAUCACCUUAGAAGACGCUUUGGUGGAUGAAAACAGUGGAGGCACCGACGAAGACUGGAUAUACGGGGAGAACAUUGUCUUCUGCAGGGACACCUUCUUUUGCUGCGAUCACAGGCAAAGCGCUCCUGAUUCUCAAGGUCGGCAACCGACGUGGGAGGAAGAGCAAGAGAGAAGAUGGGCGAUGCGAAAACACAUCUUUCCGGAUUUGCCGGAUAACGCAAUCAUUCUCGGCAAUUUCAAUCAGCUGUACAAGAUCGAGCCUACGACUUUUCGCACUUGGCUCCGUAUCCUCGAGCGCCUUCCAAACGCCAUAUUAUGGCUCCUUCGUUUCCCGGACCUCGGAGAGACCAACCUCAAACAGACAGCGUACAUGUGGGCUGGGGCAGAAGUUGCAAACCGCAUCAUCUUCACCGAUGUUGCUCAAAAGAGCCAGCAUAUCUCCCGAGCUCGUGUCUGCGAUCUGUUCUUGGAUACCCCUGAGUGCAAUGCUCACACAACUGCUGCGGAUGUUCUCUGGUCUGGCACUCCACUGCUCACGCUGCCGCGUUACAAGUACAAGAUGUGCUCGCGCAUGGCAGCCUCUAUACUGAAGGGCGCCCUUCCCAAGUCCUCCGAGGGUGUACAAGCUGCCAAAGAACUUAUCGCAGCCAAUGACGAAGACUACGAAGAAAAGGCCGUGCGACUAGGCAGUGACUGCAUUUACUAUGGUCAUCGUGCAACCGGACGAUUGAGCCAGCUUCGCCGUAUGCUUUACGAAUCGCGGUGGACCAGCCCACUCUUUGACACCAAGCGCUGGGUCAGAGACCUCGAAGAAGCCUACGAGAUUGCCUGGAAGAAAUGGGAGAAGGGGGAGGGAGGAGAUAUCUGGCUGAAGCACCGACAGCCUGGAAGGAUAGAGGAGGUAUGA